AUGCCCGGCGGAGCAGCAGCUUCUACCAGAAUGACAGUAGCAGCGCGAGGACGCGGCGGUGUUCCUGCCGCCUCUACAGGCAGAAGAGUCAGGCACUCCACAAGCCCAAAACGGCGCCGUGCCAAUGCCAAGCUUUACGGCCGCUCCAAGUCACCACCCGACAAAGAGACCAUGAAAGAACAAGCGGCGGCAGAGAUGCGUGCGGCGCUCCUUACAGAACCAAGAAGCCCUCGAAGGUUGGGUGUGGCACCACCUGCACCGGAGAAGAGUACGGACGGGCUCUUUCGAAUGGAAGACGACUCCAGCAGCAGCAGCAAUUGGGCCCUUGGAUGGGUCGAGGAUGCAACAGAGGCGGCACGAUCACGAACGAGCUUUUUCAGCCGACGUGGAAAGUAG